AUGGUCAGGGCAGAUCUCACACUACGACAUAUAAAGACACAAAGACACAGGAGGAACUUUGUUGGUAAGUUGAGUAUUAAAAACCUAAAAGAAGCUGCAAAUAAACUGACCGAAAGAUGUGCAGACCUUGAGAAAGAAACCAAGAACCUAGAUAUUCAACAGAAAUACGACUGGUUUGAGACUUCAAUCAAACUAGCAAAAAGUACCUGCACUAAUAAAGAAAAGAAGAAAAGCUAUUUAUCAAUAAAAACAAAAAAUCUACUCGAAGCAAGGAAACAAGUAAUCAGUUCCAGAGACACAGAGAACCGUAGAAAACGCAUAUCAGAGCUGAGUAAAGAUAUAAAACAGAGUAUGAGAAGGGAUAGAAAACAAAACAGAAGAAAAAAAUAG